CGUGUCUCAGUUCACAUUUAAGUGUGCGUGCGUUAGUUACACUCUGUUAAAGGAAACUGAACGCUUCUUCGCUCUAACUUCCUCCUCGUAGCCAUAAUAUCUGCUCUGCACUGACAGCUAUGGAGUCCGGAGUCCGUAAUGUCUGGUUUAUUUUGGGUGUUAUUGUGAUUUUACUACGCCCCUACGUUCAUGCUCAGGCUAAUGGCGAUUGCCCAAGUGAUGUACGGACAUGGGUGCCCUUUGGCCAAAACUGCUAUCACUUUGUCCACGGAAAAGAGGACGUCACCAAACUAUACACCAUAGAGAAUGCUAAAGAAAUGUGCCAAGGCUUUGCCCUUCUGACAGUGCGCAGUGCUGAAGUGAACAACUUCAUUGUUGAGUACAGCCCGAAGGUGUGGAACGUCAGUGUGAAGAUCUGGCUAGGAUUAUAUUAUGACAGUGACGAUGAUCAGUUUAAAUGGUUCGAUGACUCUGUGGUGAGCUUUCACGAUUGGGUGGAAUGGGGCUCAGCUGAUUCCGAGUUACCCUUGAUGGAGAAAUGUGUGGUGCUGCAUUCCACUACUGGCAAGUGGGAGAAUAUAAGCUGCAUUGAAGAACGAGUGAAUGGAGUGGUGUGUCAAGCACCCCAGAAGCCUGUUCUAAUUGUGAAAAAGAAUGGCAGUCCUCUCCUCUCAGCACUAGUCAUUCUGAGUGUGAUUGUCAUUCUGGCAGUGUCUGCAGUUGCAUGGUUUUUCCACCAAAGGAGCAGUGCUGGUGCACCAUUACUUCCCUCUUUCGAAUAUUAUCCUCCUUUUAGAUCACCCUUAGCUGAUCAGACAUGCUUGGUCGAGGCUGAAGAGCUUGAGGAAACUUCCUAAAGUUGUUGUGUUUUCACUCACACACUAUUAGAAAUACAUAUGAAGACUAGUUUACUACAUACAAAAUCAGCUGUUCUCUUUAUAUACUCCAGUAACAUAAUGUGAAUAUGCAGUCCAUUUGAGUGAUCCAUAGUAUGUCUGCUAUGGUUCAAAUUGGGUCCUUUUUUGUGAAUAUUUGGGCAAUAGGAAUUAUUUUAUCUUGAGAUGUUACAUAAAUAUUGAUUGCACCUUAAUCUCUUUGACCACAAGUGUCCUAAUUGUCCAGGUAUUUGAAAGCUAUUUUGUUGAGGUCACAUUUAUAUUGUUCUUGAUUACUGCACUUUCUUCUUUCUACAAUACAGUUUGCCAGUAUUUUACCCUGUUUUUUUUUUUUUUUUUUUUUUAACAAGCAGACCAAAAAAAUGUCAAAUUUAUUCUGUUUCCUUGUAAUGGGAUUUUAAAGAUUCUCUGAUUUUGUUCAAAAUGCCUCUCUGAUUUGAUGAAGCAAUUUCUUUUAUUUUCAUGUGCAAUUUGUAUGCUGCGUUUGUAAUAUCAGCAAUGUGAUUUAAUUAUCAUUUUAAAAAAUGAAAUUAUACCUUAGGAGAAAUCUGAAUGAAGAAAUCAGCAAAGCAAAAAUGCAAGUCAUAGUGUAACGAGCUUUGUCGUCACUGUUUUAUUCAGGGUCGCACUUUUGAUAUAAUUAUUCAUUCAGCUCACAAACCUUGUUUUGGUCUUUUUUUUAUGCCUGAAUCUAAACGAAUUUUAUAAUAUUUUUAAUUGUAGAGUGUGUGUGCACAUUUGUGCAUUACCUUUUUGAUCUCAGUUCUAUUGAUUACUAGCAUUGAGAGUCAUUAAACUUUUAAAGAUGUUUAAUAAAAAUCUGAAUUCAUA